AUGGACGCCACAACACAAGUGCAGCCUUUGGCCGACCGCCCAACCAACACCCACCUUGCCAAUACCAACAACAACGUGGACAAGACAGACAUGAAGUCUGCUGAUUUGUCUUCAAUGGAUUACCACCGCAACGUGUUGCAGGGAAAGCUGGAUAACGGCGAGAAGCAACCUGGUGCUUACGUUUCCCCGUCGGACGAGUUAAUGAGUCCCUGCACAAAGAAAUUGAGCGACAUUAAGGGCAAGCGAUUCAAGAAUGCCGGCAAGCCCCAAUCUCUCUUUGCUAAGCUUGGAAAGAAGAGCUACGAGCAAUCCUCAUCGGCUGAACAAGGGCGCAACUCAGAGUAA